GCGCUGGGGGGGGAGCUGUAUGGGCCCUAUAGCAGCCCGGCAGCCAGGGGGGCCCUAUAGUCCUCGGGGGGAGGCUCUGCAGCCGCCACAGCGGGGCCCUAUGGGCCCUAUAGGUCCCUCGGCGGGGCCCUAUGGGGCCUUUGCUGACUCACAGGCGCUGACGCUGCCGGGAAAACGGGUUCCGUGGGGCAGUGCCGUAUGGAGCCCAUAGGGGCCGGGGCCGGCGCAGCCCCUAUAGAGGCUGCAGACGCCUGUGGGGCCCCCCCAUAGCAUCCAGGGGGUGCACCGGGUUCUGGGGUGCCCUAUGAGGUGUGGGGCUGCCCUAUAGACCCUGUAGAAUCUAGGGGGCACAUCGGGGUGUGGGGCUGCCCUAUAGACACCAUAGCAUCUAGGGGGCACGUUGGGAGGUGGGGCUGCCCUAUAGACCCCAUACCAUCUAGGGGGCCUGUUGGGGUGUGGGGCUGCCCUAUAGACCCCAUACCAUCUAGGGGGCCUGUUGGGGUGUGGGGCUGCCCUAUAGACCCCAUAGCAUCCAGGGGGCAUGUUGGGGUGUGGGGCUGCCCUAUAGACCCUAUAGUGUCUAUGGGGUAUGGAGUGUGGUGAUACCCAGGAGCCCACCUCAAGGGGCCCAGGCGUCCUCCUCCCCCCGGGUGGGGGGGGCCCAGGCAUCCCCCACCUCCAAGGGGCCCAGGCGUCCCCCGGGGGGCCCAGGCGUCCCCCACCCCCCAAGGGGCCCAGGCGUCCCCUCCCCCCGGGUGGGGGGGCCCAGGCGUCCCCCUCCCCCGGGGGGGGCCCAGGCGCCCCCCUCCCCCUGGGUGGGGGGGCCCAGGCGUCCCCCACCCCCCAAGGGGCCCAGGCGUCCCCCUCCCCCCGGGUGGGGGGGGGCCCAGGCGUCCCCCACCCCCCAAGGGGCCCAGGCGUCCCCCUCCCCCCGGGUGGGGGGGCCCAGGCGUCCUCUACCCCCAAGGGGCCCAGGCGUCCCCCUUCCCCAGGGGGGCCCAGGCAUCCCCCUCCCCCCGGGUGGGGGGGCCCAGGCGUCCCCCACCCCCCAAGGGGCCCAGGCGUCCCCCUCCCCCCGGGUGGGGGGGCCCAGGCGUCCCCCACCCCCCAAGGGGCCCAGGCGUCCCCCUCCCCUGGGGGGGGGCCCAGGCGCCUCCCUCCCCCCGGGUGGGGGGGCCCAGGCGUCCCCCACCCCCCAAGGGGCCCAGGCGUCCCCUCCCCCCGGGUGGGGGGGCCCAGGUGUCCCCUACCCCCAAGGGGCCCAGGCGUCCCCCAAGGGGCCCAGGUGUCCCCCUUCCCCAGGGGGGCCCAGGCGUCCCCCACCCCUGGGUGGGGGGGGUCCCAGGCGUCCCCCUUCCCCAGGGGGGCCCAGGCGUCCCCCACCCCUGGGUGGGGGGGGGGCCCAGGCGUCCCCGCUGACCCCCCCCCCGCCGCCCGCGGCAGGCGCCAUGUCGGACCCCCCGUCCCCGCCGCCGGCCCAGCUGCUGGCGCAGAGCAUGCGGCGGGAUCUGAGCUGCCCGCUGUGCCGGGAGCUGUUCCGGGCGCCGGUGACGGCCGAGUGCGGCCACACGUUCUGCCGGCCCUGCCUGGAGCGGCCGGGGGGCCCGGCGGGGGUCUGCCCCACGUGCGGCGGCCCGGCCCGCCCCGAGCAGCUCCGCGUCAACGAGCCCCUGGAGCACCUGGUGGCCUGCUGGCGGCAGCUGCCGCUGGACCACUGCGAGGAGCACGGCGACCCGCUGAGCAUCUUCUGCGAGGGCGACCGCCAGGUCAUCUGCGGCCUCUGCGCCUCCCUGGGCAAGCACCGGGGCCACCGCGUCCUGCCCGCCGCCGAGGCCCACCGCCGCAUGAAGAAGCUCGUGCCCCAGCAGCAGGCGCAGCUCCAGGAGGCCCAGGCCCGCAAGGAGAAGACCAUGGCCCUGCUGGACCAGCAGAUCGCUGAGGUGGAGGACACGGUGGCGCAGUUCAGGCGCCAGGUCGCGGAGCAGCUGGGGGUGAUGAGGAGCUUCCUGGGGGCGCUGGAGACCUCCCUGGGCGA